UAAGUGGUGUGUUUGUUUGAUCAAACUCCAUACAGAACAUUGUCAUUGUUAAAUUUAUUUAUUUUAUUAAUUCUCAUCAUAAAAUAUCUAUAUUAUAUUUUUUUUUGAAAUAUAAUAUAUCUUGAUUCUUUGGCUUCACUUCGUACCAUCUAGCGCACCUCACAAAUUUUACGAGAAAGAAAAAUACAAAAAAAUACCGUAACAAUGAGGGAUCGAUUAUCGUGGUACAUGGUCUUUCUCAUUUUACCAACAAUAUUAUUGGCACGAUCACUUGACAAAGAUCGACGUGUGCCAUACAAUAUACCAUCAGAUUGGCGUGCAUUGUGGUACAGUAAUCUCGAUGAACUUCAAAGAGUCAAUGAAGCCAAUGACAAUAACACUGUCUCAAAUGUAACAGUUCAACUUGGCGGUACUGCAUUUUUACAUUGUAAAGUACGAAAUUUGGCUGAACGUUCAAUAUCCGAUGCUGAGAUAUCCUGGAUUCGUAGACGUGAUUGGCAUGUGUUGACGAGUUCUUUGUUCACUUAUACAAACGACGAGAGGUUUCAGGCACUUCAUCCGGAAGGCUCUGACGAUUGGACACUACAAAUCAAAUAUGUACAAGAAAGAGACAAUGGAACUUAUGAGUGUCAGGUGUCAAGAAGUACUGGAAUAAUAUCACAUUUCGUAAAUUUAAAUGUCGUGAUACCAGAAGCAUUUAUAUUGGGAAGUGAAGAGCAUCAUGUAGAUGUUGGUUCUAUAAUAAGUCUUGUAUGCAUUAUUGAAAAGAGUCCAACGCCACCGCAAUAUGUAUUUUGGUAUCACAAUAAUCGAAUGAUAAAUUACGACACAGCACGUGGUACAGUUAGUGUGCAAACAGAGCCAGGACCAACUCAAAGUCGUUUGACAAUUCAGCAAGCUGUUGAAACAGAUACUGGAAAUUAUACAUGCAGGGCUUCAAAUACUAAGCCUGCAUCAAUAUACGUAUUUGUUACUGAAGGCGAUACAAUGGCGGCAAUUCUACGUCAUAAAUCGUCGGGUGGAAAAAGUACAUCCUGCGGUUUGAUAUUGGCGCUCAUUGUGACUGGCGCCGUUUUAGUGCGAUAAGCAAUUUUCAUUCCAAAAAAAAACAACAAUUAAAUAAAAUGUCCAUUAACUGUUAUUAAUUCUGUUUUUCAUCAUACAAUACUUCAUAGAUACUUGAGACAUUAAAAAUAUAUAUCCAUCUAAUGAAUUUUAAUUUUUAAAAAUUUAAAUUCUAAAAAUUAAAUUUAAAAAAGAAAAACGACACGAUUGGAGGAUACUGUGGUUCAAAAUAAUAUUCAAAAUGAGAAUUAAUAGUUCUAUGAUUAACGAAAAAAAAAAACAAAUUUAACAUUAAUAAUAAUUGAUAUUGGGUAAUGUCACUGAAACGCGCAAAUUUUGUAAAUACAAUGCGAUUAUUUCAGCUAUUUAUUUAUCAUUUUAACCUUGUUUAUUUACAGAAUAAAUAUAAAAAAUUUAUAUUAAUUUUUUUUAUUUAUAUAUUAAGUUAUUUUGUAUUAUGAAUUUUUUAUUUUUUAAAUUAUUUAUAUGCUUGUCUGACAUAUGCACGAGUUUAAUUAUCCAAAACAAAAAAACAAAUCAAUUUUUUUGUCAAAUCGAUAAUGACAUUGUUAAUAAUUUUAUUUUUCGGUCACUUGAACCUUUGCCCUGAUAUUAAAAAUUGAUAGAGAAAAAAAAUUAAAUUAUACAGCAUAUUAAUUGACAUCUGCCAAAUUGGACAAAAAAAAUAUUUAACAUCGAAAAAACUCGGUUAAUAAAGUAAAAAAAAUUAAAAUUAAUUAAAAUCACAAAUUGCGGAACAAUGAUUAAUUAAUGAUAGUACUUGAACUAUUAAUAAGAGUCAAUUUAGAUUGUGUAAUUGCUGAGCAAAUGAAAAUUUUAAAAACGUCGUGUAUACUGUGAAAUUUUCAAAAUUAAAAAAAAUUAAAUAUUCAUUGAAAAUCAACUAAAAUGAAGGAUAAAAAUUUUAAAAUUUUACAAAAUUUAUUUAUUUUAAAAGCUACAAUUAUUGUUAAAAAAAAAAAAAGAUGUUCAUCAUGAAAUGUAUGACACUUGAAUGAUGAAAGGUAAAAAUACAUUUGAGCAAUGCCAAGUUUCAGAUAUGUGAUUAAUUGAAUUAUGAAGAAUGAAGGAUUGGAUCAACUUUUAUCAGCUCAGUGGAAAUGGAAAAAGGAAAUGAGGAGAAUGAGGGACAAAGAUAAAGAAAAAAAAAUGAAAAAAUUAUCAAAGAUUAAUGUACCUCGAGCCAGUGAGUCGUAAUAAAUUUUUGCUUUUUUUUUUUCAAUAAUCUCUUCCUAUUACCUUUAUUCUAAAUCCUCAAUGAGAAUAUUAAUUUUAUUAGUUAUAAGUAUUUAAUUUUUUAAAUGCACACUUGUUUUUGUUCAUGUUUUUUUUAUAUUUUAUUAUAAUCAAGUUAUUUAUUGUUAAUAUAUUAUUUAUAUUAUAUAAAAAAAAAAAAAAUGUUUUAAAGAAUUUAUAGUUGUAUAAGUUGAAUUGAAAAAAUAAAAGGGACUCAAAAAAAAUAACAAGCGUUGUGUAUAAAUUUAAAAAAUAAUUAAUUAUUAUCUUUGUUAUGUUUAAAUUUUAAUAAUAAUUUAUUUAAAAAAAUUUUAAAAUAUGGUAGAUCAUUGGAAGAGGAACAUUGAUGUUAGAAAAAAUGAAUAAUAAUUGUUGUAAAUAAACAAAAUAAUAAAAGAGAUUAAAAAAAAAAAAGAAAUUCUAUAUCAAUUAGUGAGAUGAAAAAGGAAAAAAAAAUAAGUUGUAUGAAAAAUUAACUUAGAAGAAUGAAUAAAUAAAUAUCGAAAUAAAAAGGGUAAAAAAAAAAAAGAAAUGAGAGUUGGAAGAAGUUGAUUCGAUACUACUUUGAGUGAUUGGAUCUGAAAAAUUUAAAAAAAAAGAAAUAGAAAAAGAAGAAGAGAUGUGUAAUUAUUGAAAAAUAUGGAAAAAAAAUUUUUAAAAAACGAAAAUUAUCACGGGCACGAAUUUAUAAAAUGACUCAAUCCAUAAAUCAUAAUAAUUUUAAAGCUCAUUUUACACACAUACACUUAAAAACGUGACUGUUUAACUUGAAAAAUACUUUUUUAAUUUUAAUUUAACAGUACAUAGGUAUAUAUUGAGUUUUCUUAAGAAAAAUAAAAAAUGAUAAAAAAAAAAACAUGACAUCAAUCAUACAAUUAUUAUUGAAUUACCAUAAAAUUGCAGUAUGAUCGAGCCUAUCAUUUUACAAUGAUUAACCUGAUGGCUUGUCCAAUAAAAAAUUACAUGUAGAUUACAUAGAAUCUGUUAAAUAAUAAUAAAAUAAUUGGCCGAGAAGCUAAAUUAUGUCCAGUGGCAUACUUUUAACAAAAAAAAAAAAAUAAUAAAACAAGUGUGAUGUCUUUCAAAGACUGGAACUAAAUUUUAAAAAAUAAAAAAAAAACAUUAUACAGUAUAUUAUCGUGGAAUUUACAAAUUAAUUCUCAAAGAAUUGAACGAUCCUUAAAAAAAAAUUCUCAGUAUAUGUCUGCAAUCAUGUAUUAUAGAAAAAAAAAAAGAAAAAUGAAAAAAAAAAAACCAUUCAAUUCAAUAAAAAUGUAAGAAAUCGAUAAGAUAAAAA